CACAUUCUCUCUCACACACACACACACACCUCGCUCUCCCAUGGUGUCUCCCAACACGCAGAGCAGAGCAGGGAUGGGGCUCCUCUGGAGGAGGCUCUAGCAGGGGAGCGCUGUGUGUCCCUGGAGAGCUGGGUCCCAGUGGGAGUCUCCCCCCACACACACACACACACACACAUACACACACACACACACACACACACACACACACAGGAGGAUGCAGCCUGGCACUUGGCUCCUGUGGGCAUUGUGGCUCCUUACCUGGGCAGAGGCCACACGUCAGUGCCAGUGUCAGUGCACCUGUAUGCCAGACGGCACCUCGGAGGUCGGCGGGGCGGUCAAGCCAGGCAAGGAGCACGUCCGUCAUCAUCAUGGGGGGCAUAGACACCUCCAGCACAGACACAGGGGCAGUAGAAGGAGAGGUUCCAAGCCCCCGCCAGAUGAGAUCCCUCCUCAGAUUGUCCACCACCCGUCCGAUGUGGUGGUGAAGGUGGGCAGCCCCGCCACGCUCUCCUGCAGGGCCUCGGGCACCCCAGAGCCCACUAUAGAAUGGCUACACAACGGGCAGCCCCUGGACAUGAACCGCCAGGACGACCCGUCCCGGCCCAUCACUCUGCAUGAGGGGAGCCUCUUCUUCCUCAGUGUGGUGCCCGCACGAAGGGGCCAGUCCCAUGAGGGUGUGUACUCGUGUGUGGCGCGCAACAGCGCCGGCAAAGUCACCAGUCGAAAUGCCUCUCUGCACAUCGCAGCGUUGCGGGAGGAGUUCCGUGUCCAGCCCAGUGAUGUGGAGGUUGCUGUGGACGAGGUGGCCAUCAUGAACUGCAGCCCUCCCAUCGGGCAGCCAGAGCCCAACGUCAUCUGGAAGAAGGACGGCGUGCUCAUCAACAGCACGGAUGACCACUACACAGUGCUUAAUGGGAAAUUAAUCAUCGGCCCUGCCCAGAAGAAUGACUCGGGGGUGUAUAUUUGUGUGGCGUCCAACACCAUGGGGGUGCGGGAGAGCCAGGCUGCCAGACUGUCAGUAUUAGUGAAGCCAGUGUUGGUGCGUACACCCCAGGACGUGAGCGUGAAGGUUGGGGAGGCGGCGCACUUCUUCUGUGAGGCCGAAGGAGACCCCAUGCCCUCUGUGGAGUGGAGCCGGGAGCAGGGCCCUCUGCCAAACGGCAGAUAUCUGGUCAAUCCAGACAAGAGUCUUCAGAUUCACUAUGUGACUGACCAGGACAGUGGGAAGUACACCUGCACUGCUGUCAAUGAGGUGGGAGUAUCCACGGCAACCGCAGUGCUUCAUGUAGAGGAUGCUUUGAACACUCGGCAGAAGGAGCUUCAUAAGGAGCUGUCUGCUCUGCGUGCAGAGCUUCAGACCGUGGCUGUCAUGACUCCUUCCUCAAAUAUGUCUUUGGUGCAGUGGAAGCUCCAGUCUCUACCAACCCAGCCACACUACCUGGAUGGAUGCGAGGUGCUGUACCGCUCUCUCCUGCCUGCUAGCUCUGACUGGGCAGCCAAGAAGGUCCCCCUGCCAAGCCUGCAGACAGAGGUCGGUCCCCUGAAGAGGGGCUACAAGUAUGAGUUCAAAGUGCGACCAUACGGGAGUAACUUAUAUGGCAGAGAGAGCAACACCAGACACCUCAGGGUGCCAGAGAUCGCCCCUGGUGCCCCUCCUCAGGGACUGUCUGUGACGAUGCCGGUGGACCGAAACGACACAGUUCUCUUCAGCUGGGGUCCUCCACCUCACGACACUCACAACGGGAUCAUCCAGGGCUAUCAGGUGUGGUGUGUGCAGUCAGAUGGUCAGCCGUUUUUUAACUGGACGUUGGACAGUGGGACCCACAGUCUGGAGAUUGGCAUGCUGCACCCAGGCAGGCAGUACUGGGUCAGAGUGGCAGCUGUCAAUGGAGCAGGAGUCGGCGUGAAGAGUGACCCUCACAGACUGCUAAUAGAGAACAACCAGCGUGUGUCUCACGCUCUCCCGGCCUCAGGCGCUCUCCCUCGGGUUCUGGCCGUGGUUCAGGACCCGGUGUUUAUUGGCAGUGUCGUCGUGCUCCUGUGGUGCCUCCUUAUGGUCACCGCGGUGUGCCUGUACCGACGCCACACCAGGAACUCGGGCCUCGGCCACAGACACCACAAGAGCACAGGCUUGUACAGGUUAGCCAGUGAGGACCUCAUCAUCAAGCACAGGAUGGCAGCGCCUGACUCACCGUGGAUAUCUGGGGCCUGGAGACCAGCGCUGUGCGGUAAACCCUACCAGGACCUGUGGGCCCAGGGCCAGGAGAGCCCCAACCCCAGCCUCAGCAAGAGCACUCUUCCCAUCACAGCAAAGAAGGACCCCGGCCAUCUAGAAUCUGUCGUCCCCAUAGUGCCUGACAGCUGCGGGGUUUACGGCACAUUCUACGUGGAUCUCAGCGGCAACAACCUCAAGACCUUCAACAGUCCCGCCCGCCGUACCAAGAUGCCUCACUACCACUCCGCUGACCAGAACUGCGAGACCGUCAUCAUCCCUCAGCCCGCCGCCAGGAACAAGGCGGCCAGGGAUGGGCCGGCGAUGCCGUGGAGACGGGCCCUGCCUUCCCAGCCCAAUAUGGGGGUUCUCAAGGAAUCCUGGGAGAAGAACUGCAAGCGAGAGCUGCAUGCUGUGAAGAGCGCCCCAUUAGUGCCUAUGUCCCAGCAGUCCCGGGCAGUCGGCAGCAUCACAGGUGUCAACAAACAGAGACUCAGCCAUCAGCCGCCAGCCCUCCCUCCUCCAGGUGGGUUCCCAGACGGCCUGAAGUCGACCUCCUCUCCCCGCAUGCUCCACUACUCGGCCUCCCUGCACCUGGUGGACAUGAUGCCGCCCCCCCCUCGCUGCGGUGAAGACAUGCACAGCUUGAGCUCAGAGGAAGGCUCCAGCAGGUCAACCAAGCUGACGAUGGACGUGGGCUCUCUCCAGUCCAUCUGCACGCCAUCUGUGGUGCGGGGAGCGGCCACCUCCGCCACCACCUCUGUCUGCCCCUCCUACCCGGGCCGCACCUACAGCCGCCUGUCCACCGCCUCCUUCUGCAGGUCCGCAGAGCCCAGCCUGGACGAGGACCUGGACCUGGACGACGCCACGCUCUCCACACAGGACGCCACGCAGUACCUGGAGAUCAGACCCAGAAUGGACAGGGCCGGUGUACUACCAGAUAACCUCACCCCGAGGCCCUUCUCCCCGACCCCCACGUUUGGCUACAUCUGUGGGCCAUCAGAGGUGGAGGAGGUGAGCGAGCGCAGGGGUCACCAGCGUGGGGUGGCAGGCCGGGCGCAGCUGAGGAGCACCCCCUCGUCCUGCUGCAGCGAGUGGGAGGGGUCCCUGUGGAACGCCUGGGGCUCCAUCUCCGAGGGCAACAUGCCCAGCGCCCGUACCAGCAUCAUCAGCUCGUCUGACUGCUCGUUCAUGAACGAUGCCAACUUCGCCCGAGUCCUCGCCCUGACCGCGGAGUCGAUGACUGGAGCCAGUCUCUCAGAUUUCUCUCCUUCUGGGUCUCCUCUGAACGUGCUCUUCCCCCCUCCGCGGGACUGUUUCGGGGAGCUGGACCCCUUACCCGUGUGGGACUGGGGCACUACCUGGGUGGACGAGAUGGAGGCGCAGUACCACGCCGGCCGGACAGGGGGCGCCACAGCUGCAGCCGCAGCCAGCCUGUCCUCCGUCCCAGACCGCUGGGGCUAUCACCACCGCCAGGACCCCAGGCAGGCCAACCACAAAAUGCCAUCGCACCGAUGAGCAUCGCCACAUAUACUCAUCACUAGGUCACCCCUAGAGAACUUUAAACAUGUUGAA